AUGACCCCGCGCGCCGCCGGCAUGCUGAACCACUACAUCUAUGCCCAAAUCCACGGCUACGACUACAAAUUCAUCAAGGCGCCCAUCUACCCCGACCGUCACCAGACCUGGGUCAAGGUUCCGAUGAUCCGCGAGGAGCUCAAGACGCACAAAUUUGUCGUCUUCCUCGAUGCCGACGCCAUCUUCGUCCAGCCGCAGCUACCUAUCGAGUUUCUCCUCGGCCUCUGGAAUAUCACCGACGGCACCCUCGUCGCCAUGGCCGAGGAUCCUAACUCGCCUGUAAACCGCGACGAGAAGGGCUGGGUGCUCUGGAACACGGGCUUCGUCGUCGCCCAGCAGAGCCAGCGCACACAGGAAAUGUUCAAGGUCUGGGAUGAGUGCCCCAUGGGCGAGCGCUUCCCCGGCUGCGAGAAGUGGGCCAAGGAGUGGGCGCACGAGCAGGCCGCCUUUGGCAACUAUAUACGCUACGCCUACAACACGACUGACGACCUGCGCGUCAUCCCCUGCGGCGACGGCAACGGCGCAGCCUACCUCGGCGACAAGAAGUGCCUCGGUGCUUUCGUCAGCCACUUUUGGGGCCACAAGGGCGUCACUAUCGAGUACCUCCACAGGAUGGUCGCCCAGGGUCUCAUGCGCAACACCGAGGACAACCACCAUGACGCCGUCUUCAAUGCCUUUAUUCACCCGCUGCAGGGCAAGAUGGACAAGCAGUUGAAGGAUAUACUGGCCGACUUGAGCGACAUCAGGAGACCGAAUCUGACGCCUAUUUUCUGCUUGCUGGUCUUUUCGAUCCUUUUCUUGUCGCACGUUUGUUGGUGGAAUGUCCUAGACCCACGGCAUUGCCUAGAAGCGCCCGCCGAGGACCCUUUGAUGGUGUCAGGCCGGAAAUCCCCACCCAGCAGCUCAAGACGCCAGCCAACCCGAACAUGGCGGGCCAUGCACAAAAACGUUGCAGAGCGAGCGCCUCAGCUGACGUACAUCGCGACGGAGGGGAGCACAGACUCGGACUUGAUUGGCGACCUCGAAAUCUGCAUACUCAUUCUCGUCAGACGCGCAAUCCGGGCUCCGCCCCGAUGA